GCCUGCUAAUUCUUCACUGGGUACAGACACUUCCACACACCAGACUAUGGCAAAAAACACAAGGCAGAAAGAGUGAGGUCACACCUCCAUACUGUAAGUCCCCUCCAUGCCUCCUGCUCCACAGUUAUAGUUUGAUACAGGCCACAUAUUCAUCUGUUAGAGAUCGGAGAUUGGCAGUGUCUCUCAGAUAGCUCAAAAUAGCUGCUAUUGCUGAAGUUACUUUUUUGACCUGCACCAGGAUCACAGUUUAUUUUUGGACCAGGACUAUUGAAUAGGUCAAUAUGAUGUCAGACGAGUAUUUGGUGGAGUGUAAUAUUGAUGAUGAUGAUGAUGAUGAUGAUGAUAAAGAUGAUGAUGUGAAGGAGAUCCACUCGUCUCCGCCUCCUCCUCCUCAGUUCUCCUCCACCCCGUCCCUCACUCAGGGUGAGAUCAGGGAUCCCUGUGGCAUCAACAAACACUUGAAGAUAGAGUUUAGUGAUGUUUUGGCGGAGCCCGUGUCCACACACAGCUACGACCGCGUGUGGGUGUACAGCGGCAUUGCCUUCGAGUCCAUGCGGCUGUGGGGUUACCGCUGCCUGACAGCGCUGUGUGCGGUUCCCCUCUCCUGUCUCUGUGGCUGUCUCUUUGCCCUCCUGGCCUGUAUGCACAUCUGGUGUGUGAUGCCCUGUCUCCAGGUGUUUCACAGCUGCCUGCCCUGUGUGAGGUCACUGUGGAUGAGUGUGGUUAACAUCUUCAUCGCUCCGCUCUGCACAUCUGUGGCUCGCUGUUGCAGUGGCAUAUAUGUGGUGGUCUCCAAAGAGUGAUGAAACGCUGGAAGGAAUUUGAGGAAGCUUGUCAAACUGCUUUUCUCUCAAUUAAAAACGAAACAAAACAUGAAUGCUUAGAAUACCUGAACCGUUUUGUUAUUUGAAGCUAACUAUGAGACAUUCAAAGAAGAGGAUUACAUGUUAUUAAAUAGAUUUUUAUUUAAUAACCUUUUAUAUUUAUUUUUAAUCCAUCUUAAUGUCAUAAAUUCUGCAUAGGUUUGUCUUAUAUACGAAAUUACAAUAUAACCUUUUUACAUAGAAUCUGUUGAUAUUUUUUUCCUGAUGUUUGAUAUAAUGCUUUGAUGCCAUGUCAUACAUGUUCUUGAUUAAAACAACCACUUAACCUG